AUGCAGUUGAAACUUAGCGCCCUCGCAUCAGUCGCCGCUCUUGUGGCCAGCGUACAUGCAGCCACCGUCGGAACAUACUAUUGCACCCAAGCAAGCUUCCAGGGCGCUUGUGCGUACACCUCGGCUGAAUCUGGCACCUGCGUCACUUUCGCAACGGGAAGCUUCUGGAAUAACGUUGUCACGUCUAUGCGCCCGGAUAUUGGCGUAGUGUGCACCCUGUACAAUGGGUUAAACUGUACCGCGACGACUUUUGAGGUCAAGUCUCAGAACAACAAUAUUACCUGGGCGAAUAAAAAAGCCAGUUCUUACCUGUGCACCUAG